AUGACAUGCGUAGGUGCAGCAAGCCCGCGGAACCAACACCAGCAGCUCCAAUCGGUGUCGUCGCUGGUGUUAAAGAUCCUGCGCCUAACGCCACCACCGUUCUCGGGCGAUUGCCAGGCGCACCGGUUCACGCCGCUGACCACCGUUACGGGGCUCGAUGCGUACUUCAAAUUUACCAAGCUACCGUCGUGGAUUGACAUGCUGCUCCAUCGGUUGGACCAUGCCGUGUCGGCGGUGGUACCGGGCCGUGUCCAGAUGCUCAACAUGACCGACCACAUCGACGUGCGGGUUAGUGUCCUGCCAGGAUCGAAUGAUUCGAUCAUCCAGGUGAACGGUGCGCAAAUCUGGUUCCCGGCCCGCUGACGGACUCGAUCCGGGACGAGU